UUGCCCAUGGCCAUAUUUUUUCUGACAUACUUCUUCGGACAUGUGUUCUGCCGGAAGACUUUGUGGUUUGACGGUGUUUGUGUCAAUCAAGCAGACGUGUUCGAGAAAGCUGCCAUACUAAGAGCAAUCCCAGCCUUCGUUGCCAACUCAAGCGAGAUGCUUGUUUUGUGGGAUGAUGCUUAUUUUCAGAGACUAUGGUGCGUUUUCGAGCUGGCAGUGUUUUGCAAGACUUCCAGGUCACCCGAUGUAGUUGACUUCGUGCCGAACUGGGUGCCAGUAUGGAGUUUGUCGUGCAUCAUUAUUAUGGCCAUAGGCAGCUUCUCAUGGGGGCCAUUGACAACUCAGAUUGUUUGGCCUUCCCCAGGUUCAGUCUUUGAGUCCUGGUUCCAUUGUAACCUUGAGCCUCCUGCAGUCUACUUGGUGAUGGGCAUCCCAACAGCUUGGUUUAGCUUCCAGAAGCUUGAUGGUCACAAGCAGAUGUUGGAUCAGAUGAAAUCCUUUGAUUUGAGAAAUGCCCAGUGCGCCUUGGAAACGGAUCGGGUAGUACUUCAGAGGCUAGUGCAAGAUCUUUUUGAUGAGGCACUGGAACCUCCCGUGUCAGUCUCCCUUGAUGCGGGAGAGGUGUCGGAGGCGGACACAGAUUCUUUGGAUCCCCUUGUUUUGAAGCAAUCUUUGCAAGACGUUCGUCAUGUCACCAGCUACCCGACGGAAGAAGAAGUCAUUGGCCAGUUCAAUGCCUAUGUGAGGGGCCCAUUGCGUGAUAGAGUCAUGAGCUUGAUAGGUCGUGAGAUCGACAUCUGGUAUCCAAUCUGCCGCUCGUACUCCUGGGAGUUUUCCUGGUUCUCAGCUGUGAUCGUCACUCAGAUUGCUCUGGUGCCCUCAUUCAAGGCUACUCCUCGGUGUCUCACUAUAUCUUCACUACUGCUGUGGUAAACUGUGUCAUUGUACCACUUGUUUUUGCUGCUUUUACAUUUCCGGUGGCACUACGUGCCAACCACCUGCUGACCUUGGUCGUCGAGGGCAAGGUCUUGCGUAUGCUUUGCGGAACAUUUGUCAGCACUCUGGUCUUGGCGUUGGUGAACGUACUCGAGGCUGCCGGGGCCGCCGGAAUGAUGAUGAUUGUGUGUGAACCUUCCACCAUGGGGGUGGCUGUCUACUUGGGCCUUGGCUGUCUUCCGUGUUGUUUGGCCUGGUUCCUCCACGCCAACAUGGCACGAACCACAGCGCCGGCUUGCUGAGCGCUACGCUCAGACCUGGACUGCUUCGCAGGAGCUUCGCAGCUUAGGCUCUCCCAGAGAACGAGUCCGGUUUGGACUGUUCCAUGUAGUGUGGAACACGAAGCGGAUGGGGAGCUGAGAUGUGAC